AUGACAAUGAACCUUAUGACUUAUGUGACGAGCACCACAACUGACCAAAAAGUUUUUGUUUCUGUGGUGGUUAAACCUAAUCCUUCUUCAAACAACGUCUCCCAACUUGCAACAACAAACGCUUCCAUAGAUAUUGAUCUUAUUGGAAUUUCAAAGAAUAAUAGAGGAUCGGCUGCUGUGGCUUUUAUGAACUACGGUAACAUGGCAGACAUCCUGAAACAUAGCGACACAAGGAAAACUAUAAUAUCCAGUGUGGUGUCAGCAACACUUCCUAAAACGCGCAGCACAUGGUUCACCCAACCAGUCAACAUCACCUUUAAACACAGAGAGUUAGACACUCACGGUCAACUUUCAUGUGUGUACUGGAAUAAAAAUAAAUGGGUUGAAAUUGGCUCUACUGCUAUACGACAUAAUUCCACCCACACUAUAUGCUCCUAUGAUGACCUGUCAGUGUUUGCUCUCAUCAUAGAGGUUGAACCAUGCAUGACACUAUUUGGAGUCACUGUGUCCCUGCACUGUGAUUCAGUCUUAAACAUGUCCGUUGCACAGGGAUUUGGAGUUGUCUUCCUAGCCUUGUGUCUGUUGACAUUUGCUUUUUGCUGUCAGACAAGAAACAACAACACAGCUUUAAUAAACCUAUGUUUAAACCUCCUGCUCUUUCACCUUCUUGACCUGCUUAAACCUCUUUUCCAGCUUCAUCUCCAGUCCCCGGAAGCCUGUGCAGUUACGAUAGGGGUGCGAUGGUUCUUCUUUAUCUCUACAUUAGUGUGGAUGUUCAUUGAAACUGUGCUGCUCUUCCUGCUUGUGAAAAAAUUAUGGAAGAUGCUGGGACAUUCAGACCUGGCCCAGUUUAUCAUCCUCGGUUGCUACUGGAUAUUCCCCCUCAUCCCCAGUGAAAAUGAGGUUUUGUACAACAUCUUCCUGUUCCUGAACUCCCAACAGGGCACAUUUAUCUUUAUCGUCCACUGUCUCCUCAACCAAGAGGUCAGGCAGCAGUACAGGAAGUUUCUGGGAAAGAUUUUCCACUUUCAAAACCCUGGGACUACUUCGGAAUUCAGGGAGACUCAGGAGACACAAAACUGA